AUGUUGACAAUCACUAACAUUACUUGGCUGGACUUACUAUGCCUUACCGGUGUCGGACUCUAUCUGGUAAAGCAGGUGGUCAUCAAGAAGAAUCCUACACCAUAUCCACCUGGUCCCCGGGGGUGGCCUCUCAUUGGCAAUGUUUUAGAUAUGCCUCGCAUCAAGCCCUGGCUCACAUUUACUAAAUGGGGUCGGAAGUAUGGUGAUAUUACACAUAUCGAGGUCCUGGGCCGGCAUAUCGUUGUGCUGAACUCUGUCAAGACUGCGAUGGAGAUGAUGGACAGUAAAAGCACUUUAUACUCUGACCGUCCUGUUCUUCCUAUGGCUGGCGAACUUGUUGGCUGGAAGGACUCUUUACCUUUCCUUCCUUAUGGUGACCGUUUUCGUCGGUACCGCAGGAACUUCCAUCGAGUCAUCGGCAGUCGCGCCGCAGUAGACGUAUACAAUGAGAUUGAGGAGGUCGAGACUCACCGGUUCCUGAAGCGUGUGCUUGCGAAACCCGACCAACUGCAGGAGCAUGUCCGACACACUGCUGGCGCUGUCAUUCUGCGCAUCACUUAUGGUUAUGAAGUGAAAGAGAACGAUGAUCCCUUCAUUGACCUUGCAAACCUCGUUACAACCCAUGGCUCGCAGGCCACUGCUCCCGGUGCAUAUAUGGUUGAUAUCUUACCAUUCUUGGCAAAGGUCCCCGCAUGGCUCCCCGGUGCUGGCUUCAAACGCUUAGCACGGGAAUGGCGAGAGACCCUCAAAGAGAUGGUUUCUGCACCCCACGAGCUCGUCAAGGACCAGAUGGUUGCUGGCAUCGCCCCUAUGUCUUUUACCUCGAAUCUCUUGGGAAGCAGUGAUGUGUCUGCGGAAGAGGACAACGCCGUGAAAUGGUCUUCUUUUUCCCUGUACAGCGGUGGUUCUGAGACGACUGUUUCUGCAAUAUACUCGCUCUUUCUAGCUAUGACACUUUACCCUGAUGUGCAGAAGAAAGCUCAGGCUGAAAUUGAUUCGGUUGUCGGUCCUGAUCGUCUUCCCACCUUCGCCGACCGCGACUCCCUCCCCUAUACUGAUGCGCUUGUCAAGGAAGUCCUGCGCUGGAACGUUGUCUUUCCUACCGGUUUCCCCCACUGUGUGACUGAGGACGAUAUCCAUGAUGGGCACUAUAUUCCAAAAGGCUCCUUAGUGAUACCCAAUGUCUGGUUCAUGCUUAACGACCCACGGAGAUAUGCUAACCCCUCGCAAUUCAACCCUGAACGCUUCCUAGCUAAGGAUGGAAAAGAACCUGAGAUGGAACCUCGCACAGUCUGCUUUGGCUUUGGUAGACGUAUUUGCCCAGGUCUCCACCUUGCUGAUGCCUCCAUGUGGAUAUCCACUGCGAUGUCACUGGCCGUGUUUGAUAUUUCAAAGGUUGUCGAGAAUGGUAUUGAGAUCACCCCCGAAAUUGAACCCUUACCAGGUACGGCCAGCCACCCCAAACCCUUCAAGUGUUCUAUCAAGCCUCGCUCUGCAACUGCCCUUGGGCUCAUUGAACAAGAUGCCAACUACUGAGCUCACGAUGGUGAGACCGGAGAAACACGCGGGGAUUACACACUUAGCAUGCGUUGUAAUUUGUAUAGCACACUCAAGAGUUUUGCAAUAU